UUGGCGCAGCCCUGCCUUCACACAGGCUCGCUUCUUCGGAAAGACGGAGCCGCCCAGGCUGCCCCAGAGGGGAAGGCGGAGGCGGGAAGGGAGCAGCAUGGCGUGUUACAGCGGCGAAUACUUGGUUACUGAAGAUGGGUUACCUGAACCAAGGAAGUGGCGACCACUGAUAUAUAGGAAAUGUACAGAUACCCUUUGGCUGAUCAUUUUCUUUGUCUUUUGGGCUGGUUUGAUGUUCAUAACUGGCUAUGCUAUAAUGGCUGGAGCUGCAGAAAGACUUAUAUUUGGAUAUGACAGCUAUGGAAACGUAUGUGGUCGGCAGAAUACACCUGUGGCAGGUGCACCUUUGUCAGGACAAGAUAUGAGAAACAAAAAAUUUGUGUUCUUUUUGAAUUCAUGUGGUUUGGAAAUAAAAGAUCUUAAAGUCAAUUCAGUUGCAUUGUGUGUACCAAGUUGUCCACAAGAACAGCUUAAUUCAUUGGAAGACAUUCAACUUUUUGCAAAGAAUAAUGAUUCCUGCCUUUGCGUUUACAAUUUGAAUGCUACCAGUUGUACACACAGUCCCAAAGCUACUGAGCUUUGUCCUGCCUUACCAGUUCCACCAAGCCUAUCUUUCCCAUUAUUUAAUCGAUGUGUUCCACAAACUCCUGAAUGCUAUUCCCAAUUUGCACCUGUGUUGAUAGAUGUGGUUAACGAAGUGGAUAUUUUUCAUCGUAUUCUGGGUGGGCUUAUGGCAGGAAGGGAUACUGUCAUUGGGCUCUGUAUCCUUGCACUUGCUUUCUCUGUAAUUAUGAUGUUAGUCUUCAGAUUCAUCAGCAGGCUUCUGGUCCGUAUUUUUCUCGCACUGCUUGUAUUUGGAUUAUUAUUUGUUUCGGGAGUUAUGUGGUGGCUGUAUUAUAAUUACACCAAUGAGCCCAGCAUAGAAUUAGAAACUGAAAAGGAAAACAUGAAAUUAUUAUUUGGAUUUUCUAUUAUAUCUACAGUUAUUACGGUUAUUAUAAUUUUCCUGUUAGUGAUAUUAAGGAGGAGGAUUCAUUUGACUAUACAGCUCUUUCAAGUUGCCAAUAAAACAAUUGGCAACAUCCCUUCUUUGUUCUUUCAGCCUCUUUGGACUUUUAUAAUACUUAUUUUGUUCUGGGUGUACUGGGUGGCUGUUUUACUGAGCUUAGGAACUGCAGGCAAUGCCCAAGUCAUUUCAAGAGGCCAGGUGGAAUACAAAAUUCGAUUUGGCAUUCGCUACAUGUGGUGGUAUCACUUAGUUGGGCUUAUUUGGACAAGUGAAUUCAUCCUAGCAUGUCAGCAGAUGACUGUGGCUGGGGCAGUGGUUACUUCCUUCUUCAACCGAAAUAAGAGUAAAUCACCAAGUCAUCCAGUCCUGUCUUCCAUCUCAAUUCUUUUUUGUUAUCAUCUGGGAACAGUUGUGAAAGGGUCCCUUUUAAUCACAAUAGUGAGAGUCCCAAGGAUUAUUCUAUUGUCUAUUUAUAACAUCCUGGAAAAAAAGGAGAAUGCAUGUGCAAGGUGCAUGUUCAAAUGCUGUUUUUGCUGUUUCUGGUGCCUAGAAAGAGGCUUAAGAUAUUUAAACCAGAAUGCAUACACAGCAACAGUCAUAAAUGGAACAAAUUUUUGUACCUCAGCAGAAGAUGCUGGCCUUAUUUUAUCAAAGAAUUCUGUGAACACUAUGGCAAUCCACUGCUUCAGCGACGUCAUCAUCUUUCUAGGAAAGGUGUUUGUGGUGUGUUUCACAGUUUUUGGAGGCUUGAUGGCAUUCAACUAUCACCAUGAAUUACAUGUUUGGGUAGUUCCACUGCUGCUGGUUACUUUUUUGGCUUAUCUCCUCGCCCACAGCUUUUUAUCAGUAUUUCAAACAAUAGUGGAUGUCCUAUUCCUUUGCUUUGCUGUUGACAUAGAAACAAAUGAUGGAUCACCAGAAAAGCCAUAUUUCAUGGACCAAGAAUUAAUGAAAUUUGUGUAUCAGAGCAGCAAAUGUUUAAAAGAGAUUAAACACAGAAAUAAAGAAACCCAUCAAAGUAAUGAAUAUGACACAGAACUCCAGUCUAUGACCAGAACUUGAGAUGGCUUUAAAAGAAUGCACAGCAAAACAGCAAGACAAAAUAAAGUGAAGGUUACCAAUGCUUUGAAAGAAAUUAUCUCUUCAGUUGGUUUGUAUUUUUUGCACUAAAAUUGAUCAUUAAACCCAUUCUCACUCUGAAAAAAAAAUCUUCACCACAUGGUUUUAUUAAAAUAGUAUUUAAAGUGUUUUAAUAAAAUUGUAUUAAUAAUCAA